AUGGAGGCCAAAACAAGUAGUCCAGCAAAUCCAUGGUUUUCCGAAGAUCAGUUAGGCGAGUUAGAAGAACAAUUUUCGAUGGUUGCCUCAUUUUUCAAUGUUAUGGAAUUAUAUGAAGAUCAAAAGAACGCCCUACGUUCCUUUUUCAGAGGGAAAGAUCUUUAUUACAGUUCGGCUACUGGGUCUGGAAAAUCAUUGAUUUUUCAGUGUAUACCGCCAUUGAUAGAUUUGCUACGUGAUCAAGCUUUGGGCACAAGUACAGUGCUAGUUAUUUCUCCUUUGAAGUCUCUGAUGCUUGAUCAAGUGAACAAGCUACAGCAAAGUGCAGUUAGCGCGGCUGCAAUUUACAACGGGCAAAGCCAGAGCGUUCUGGACAGGAUAGUUGAUGGCCAAGUUUCACUUGUUUAUAUAUCUCCGGAAGAUCUUUUAGACCACGAAUUUUGGAGAUCAGUAUUGAAGUCAGAAUGUUUUCGUAGACAUUGUGAAGUUGUAGUUGUUGAUGAAGCUCACUGUAUAGUUCACUGGGGAUUGCCUGGAGGUGGUAAAGAAGGAACUGGAGUGCCUUUUCGCCAAUGGUUUGGAAAUUUAAUUGAAAUAAAAUCCCUUUUGAAUAAUCCAAGAUUGGCUGUUUUUACUGCAACUGCUUCAAAAAGCACAAAAGGUAAAAUUUUCUCCACAUUGCAGUUGGAUCCAUUGAAAACUUUUGAAAUUGAAAAAUGCCCAUUGAAGCCAAAUCUCAAGUUCAUCACUAAGUUCUUGGAUAGUGGUCUCCCAAUAGAAAAUGUUUUCAGCGUUGUAAUAACUGACAUCAAAUCAAGGCAAGAUCAAGCAAAGGGAACACUAAUUUUCUGUAGAACAAGAAAACAGUGCAGCCUGAUUUAUAGAACAAUGGUUGAUUCUCUGGGAUCUUAUUUAUACAAGGAUGGAAUCAGAAUUCCACAAAUGCGUCUAGUAGAGAUGUAUCAUGCUGGCACUCCAGAACAGGUGAAAGAACACAUAUUGAAGACAGUGACAUCACAGUUUGGCCACAUUAGAGUUUUAAUAUGCACCAUAGCUUUUGGAAUGGGGAUAGAUUGUCAUUAUAUGACACAAGUGGUUCAUUAUGGGGGCUCAUCUUGUAUUGAAUCUUAUUUACAAGAGUGUGGUAGAGCUGGUAGAAGAGGUGAGGACAGUCUGUGCAUCCUUUUAUACAAUGGUCACUUAGUGAAACACAGCAAUGAUGACAUGAAAGAAUAUAUCUAUUCCAGAGACUGUAGGCGUAAAAGACUUCUAAGAGAAUUCUCUCAUCUAAAGGAAUCAAAAGAGGUACUCCAUGGAUGUAAUUGUUGUGAUUGUUGUGCUCAAGAAUGUGAGUGUUAUCAAUCAGAGUGCUUGGGGAAAUUCAAUUUGAUGCCACACAAAGGAGAUAGUGAGGAUGCAACUGUUGGCAGAAAAAGGAAUGUAACUCCAUUCCAAACUUCAGCACUAAAACAACAGUUAGAGUCCUAUAAGCAGUGCCAUCUUGUAAAUGGUCUUGCUGAUGUCAAACCAGUAACUUACCCAAAUAUCCACCUUGAGUUCACAAAUUUACAAGUUUCUCAGGUUUUGAAGCACUGUGACAAGAUAUUCUCUACUUGGGACAUUAAAAAGUAUGUAGAGAUCUGGAAUGACAUCCAUGCAAAUAACAUACUUCUGGCUAUUCAUGAUGUGUUUUCUGAUUUUGAUUUAGACAAGAAUGCACUAAUUUUAACUGAGCUGGAAGACAUAACAGAGGAAAUUGUUGAUGUUGAUAAUGAAAAUUCUUUUUGGGAAAUCAAAGACUGUACAAACAGUUCAUCAAUCUUCGACAGUAUGGAGGAAACCUACCAAAAUGAAAGGUCACAAAACAUUUCAGGAGGAAGUGAUAUAUUUACUGAAGCUGCUGAACAAAUAUGCUCAAAAUUUGAUUAA